AAGAAGCUUUUGUCUAUGGUCGGCUGUUUUGGACGACAAUAUCGGAUUUAGAUAUAAUACAGGUUGUUGGUGGACAUGUAGCAAUGGAUAAAUUUUUAUUCAAUAAUUACCAAGUCAUUUGAAUGAUACACCUCGAGUUUGAGUAACUGAACUCUUAAUAAAAAGAAUUACCAGAGACGAUUUCACAACUCUUUCGGAAACAUCGUUCGGGCUCAUCUAACAUGGGAAACAAAAGUGGUCGGAAAACAAGCGUGAAAGAAAAGUAGGCCUAGGUUGAACUAAAUCAGAAGUAUUUAAAUAUGAAAGUCUGACACAAAUUUAUGCACUGUCUGUAUUCAUCACCAGAAAAGCAAAAGUUACGAAGCUAAACAAUUCCUUCCUUGAACCAUAGUUUGAAAAAAUGGCUGUGAAAAAAAGAAGUGUCCUCCAUAAACUCCGUAAAUUUAUUUUACGAAAAAUCCUUCGGAAGUCUAAGAAACCAUUUCCCAUUGACGAAGAAAUAGUUGCUUAUCCAGAAGCAUAUGAACACCAGCAUGUGGAAACAUUUAUCAGUUCACAUCAAGUUUCAACUUAUCGAUGGAAUGAAAAACCGAGCCAACCUUAUAAUCUACACCUCAUCAGCUUGAAGUUGGAUAACCUGACACGUUGUAUCGAAAAAGGAGCAUUAGAUGUGAUGCUUCAGGAACGCCCAAAUAUUGUUUGCAUCCAAGAAUCUACGAACUCCGUUGACAAAACACCCGGUGAGGUUCGUCGACUUCCAGGUUAUCACCCAUAUUGGCUUCAUUCCGAAAAACACCAGAAAGUUGCAACCAUUUACUCCAGGACGAUGCCAAUGAACGUGCUUUACGGAUUUGAGGUACCGAAUCUCGAUGACCUCAUUAUAACUGCGGAAUUUGAAAAGUUUUUCCUUAUUUGUGCGCUGCCACCAAAUUCUGACAUUCGUCUUAAAGAACUAUCGUGGGAAGACAGGCUUCGGAACCACGCCCUCAGUCUAGAUUUCCGGAAACCUGUCAUAAUUUGUGGCAAUUUCACAACGGCUCACCAUGGGACUGACAAAAAACGGUGUCUCUCGAGAACUUCCGGUACGACCUGCGAGAAUAGCUAUGCGAUGACCAAACUGCUUUCCUCUGGAUUCAUCGAUACGUCAAGAGUAUUUUAUCCGGAACAAUCGGUAAGAAGUAACGAGAGCAACAGAUUCGACCACAUUUUUGUCUCCACGCGAUUGAGGAACAAAGUGGUAGAGUUUCCCGUCGUUGAAGAAUCUGUAUGCAGAAAUUUCUGCUGCCCUGGGAUUGGUUUCUUCAAUUUAUAGUAAAAAUUUUAUUUAACGAUUGUUUUCAAGUAGAUGUUUUAUAUUUAGAUCUUAUCAAAUAAUUUCUAUAAAAAGUUUUGUUUAGAAAUAAACGU